GGGCGGAAACCUUUAUUUCUUUUUCCCUUUGAAGUCUGAACUUCUCUAGUCGUCAUCUCUGCCGCUCAGCCGUCCGUCGCCAGCAUCUCGCCGCUGACAGCCAAACGGGUCUUCUGGUCCUACCUCGCACUCUCUCAUCCAAAGGGACUGCUUGAAAGCAAGGAAGAGAAGACAGAAGAACAGCAACAAUGGCAGGCUUAGCUGCUGUCCUGGAGCCAAAACCCUCCACAGAACUGGCAUUACCCUCCAUAAGAUCUGACCCAGCUCACUCCAUGGAUCCGACCUCUGAAGAGGACGAUCUCUACAGCCGCCUAAAAUCACUACAGCGCCAGCUUGAGUUCAUUGACAUUCAAGAGGAGUAUGUGAAGGAUGAGCAGAAGAACCUGAAGCGGGAGCUGUUGCGAGCCCAGGAGGAGGUCAAAAGGAUCCAAUCUGUGCCACUGGUUAUUGGCCAAUUUAUGGAGAUGGUGGACCAGAACAAUGGCAUUGUUGGCUCCACCACUGGGUCUAAUUACUAUGUGAGGAUACUGAGCACCAUCAAUCGUGAGCUCUUGAAGCCUUCUGCAUCUGUGGCACUUCACAGACAUUCUAAUGCUCUUGUAGAUGUCUUGCCCCCUGAGGCUGAUUCAAGUAUUUCUCUGCUUAGCCAGUCUGAGAAACCUGAUGUCACUUAUAAUGAUAUUGGAGGAUGUGACAUUCAAAAGCAGGAGAUUCGUGAAGCAGUGGAGUUACCAUUGACUCACCAUGAAUUGUACAAGCAGAUUGGAAUAGACCCACCUCGUGGUGUUCUGCUUUAUGGUCCCCCUGGAACUGGGAAAACCAUGCUUGCAAAGGCUGUUGCUAAUCAUACAACUGCAGCUUUUAUCAGAGUUGUUGGGUCCGAAUUUGUUCAGAAGUAUUUGGGUGAGGGCCCACGGAUGGUUCGUGAUGUUUUCCGUCUUGCUAAGGAGAAUGCCCCUGCCAUUAUCUUUAUUGAUGAGGUAGAUGCCAUUGCAACUGCCAGGUUUGAUGCUCAAACUGGAGCUGAUAGGGAGGUUCAGAGAAUCCUCAUGGAACUGCUUAAUCAGAUGGACGGGUUUGAUCAGACAGUGAACGUUUGUACUUCUAAGAUGAACCUAAGUGAUGAGGUAGACUUGGAGGAUUAUGUCUCUCGUCCAGAUAAAAUCAGUGCUGCUGAGAUUGCGGCAAUCUGUCAAGAAGCUGGAAUGCAUGCAGUACGCAAGAACCGCUAUGUUAUACUUCCCAAGGACUUUGAGAAAGGUUAUCGAUCCAACGUGAAGAAGCCCGACACUGACUUCGAGUUUUACAAAUGAGAUGAUGUAAAAGCACUGAAAAACGUUAUCUUUGAAAUUGUUACUUACCUUGUUUCAGAUUUGGUACUGCAAUUUGAUUUUAAGAAACUACUAGUAAUUUUAUCAUGGAAAAUUUGAGAACUCCCGGAACUGGGACCCGUUUCCUUGCAUCCGACGUUCAAGAAAAUACCAUCGCUUAC